GAGAGAGAGAGAGAAAGAGAGAAAGAGAGAGAGAGAGGGAGUUGUGUUUAACACUUCUCAUCAGUCAGUGGUGGUGGAUUUAUCAAGAGUACAUUUGGAUGCAAAAAAAUAAAUUAAAUAAAAACCAAAGAACUGAGAGGGAGUGACACUAAAUAAGAGCAGUGAUGCGACUGGUCAGCGUGGCCGGUGCGCGGCUGCGCAGGGCGGCCGAGGAGGAGGAGGAGAGGGAGCACCCUGCGCCUCCUCCCUCGCACCACUCCAACCACCAGUUCGCCAACAUGAAGAACAAGUUCUUCAAUGAGCUCACGCACAUGCCAAAUCAUAAACUCAGGAUGCCCAUGUGGGCGGUGGGAGCCAUUGUGUUCGUGGUCCUUGCCCUUAUUGCCUGCAUGGGAUUCUGCAUCUACAGGAAGUGCUGCAACAAGACCAAGAAGCCCAAGAAGGUCCGUGAGAGGAAGGGAGGACGAGGGCGCAGGAAGAAGGACAAGGAUGGAGAGGAUGGAGAUGAUAAGAAGGAGGGAGAGGAAGGGAAGGAAGAUGAGGAGAAGGAGAACUUUGGCAAACUGGAGUACUCACUGGACUAUAACUUUAAUGAUAACCAGCUGAUAGUCGGCAUCCUCCAGGCUCAGGACCUUGCAGCCAUGGACCUUGGUGGGACCUCAGAUCCCUAUGUCAAAGUCUACAUGCUGCCAGACAAGAAGAAGAAGUUUGAGACCAAAAUCCAGCGCAAAAACCUCUGUCCCGUCUUUAAUGAGACCUUCAUCUUUAAGAUACCCUAUAGUGAGUUGGGUGGUCAGACUCUGGUGCUGCAGGUGUUUGACUUUGACCGUUUUGGUAAACAUGACGUCAUCGGCGAGAUCAAGAUCCCCAUGAACAGUAUAGACCUCGCACAGCCAAUACACGAAUGGAGGGAUCUGGUUGGAGGAGAGAAAGAGGAGCAAGAGAAGCUGGGCGAUGUCUGCAUUUCCCUUCGUUACGUCCCCACGGCCGGUAAGCUAACGAUUAACAUCAUGGAAGCCAAGAACUUGAAGAAGAUGGAUGUUGGAGGACUGUCAGAUCCCUUUGUUAAGGUGGUGCUGCAGCACAACGGGAAGCGACUGAAGAAGAAGAAGACGUCAGUCAAACAAAACACUCUGAAUCCUUACUUCAAUGAGAGUUUUAGCUUCGAGAUCCCCUUCUCCCAGAUCCAGAAACUCCAGGUGGUGAUCACUGUGUACGACUAUGACAAGCUGGGCAGCAACGACGCCAUUGGCAAGUGCUGGUUUGGCUAUGGCGCCUCAGGCGUCGGGCUACGCCAUUGGUCAGACAUGCUGGCCAAUCCCAGGCGUCCAGUGGCCCAGUGGCACACGCUGCAGCCAGAGGAGGAGGUGGAUGCUGCUCUGAAGGCCCCCAUCCGCUAAACACACACACAUGUAUACACCAACAUCAUCUGCAUAGGAGGGGUAUUCUUUCGUUUGAAACCAAACAAAUGUAGGUUUGACCUCUAACUUGAAUAGUAAUCUUUAAUGUGCUUUGGUUUCACAUCAUCAUUCAUUUUUUAAUAUUUCAUCUCUUCAUAUGACUACAUGUGUGCUUUAUAUUUAUUUACUGUAUUUAUUUAUUUAUCUAUUUUAUUUAUAUAUAUCUUAUAUACAAUUGUACACAAACACACGUGUACUUGCAACACACUUAAAUUGAUACAAAUCUACAGUAUGCACACUGCAGCUAAAUGUAUGUGCAUUGGCUCAUGUAUACAAUGAAAGGCUGUACAUUUACGCUCACCGACUUACUAAUUAAAUGACUCACCUAUUAAUAUAUUAAAGGGACACUCCAGCAAUUUAGUAUUUCAUUUCCAUAAUGUUUGACAAGAGACAGAUAAAGAGUCAAAAUCGAGGCGGAAUAUCCCGACUUUUAGUCCCUAAAAACCCUGGAUUCAACACCUCCCAUAAUGCACCUUGAUAGUCUUUCUGUAUGCCCUUACUGCCUGGUGAAUGUCUUCAUCAUUCAAACUCAGUGGCCCCAGUUCAUAACGCAGGCUUUCUGACUUCUGUCAAGGAAAACAUGAUGCAACUGUUUUCCCAGGCUGAGAGUUUUCCUUAUGAUGAGUAAA